CAUGGGAGAGUACACAUCUCCCACGCAUUCGUAGAUGAGAAUUUUCAGCGCGCCGUUUGAACGUGUGGAACACGUUUGAGAUGUGACAAGCUUGCACUAGGAAAUACACGUUUCCGCUCUUGCUCAGCUACAUGCUCCUCACUCCGGCACACUUUACAAUAUAUAUAUUUUUUCUGAACAAACAUUAAAAAAUGGAUUGUUGUGUGCAGUGAACAUUUCAGAUGUAUGCUUUCAUUGGAAAUUUUACAUUUGUCAAGUUGUGAAAUACUUUUCAAAAUGUAUAUUAGCAAAAUCAUUUCAAUUCGUAAAUUAUAAAUGACUUAAAUCUUCUGAUAUACUUUACAAAUAAAUAACUGAGCUACCAAAUAUACUUAUUUGUGAGGUAGAUUUUAUGAUUUUCAAAUCAAUUGCCGAAAAAUACUUCUCAACUUAGAAGCACCGUACGAUGAAGCAUGUAACAUCAGUGGAACUUUGAAUUGAGUGACUGCUACGAAUCUGCAACAUUGAAAAGAGAACUCGAUUAUUAAUUAUAAUAUUGAAAUGAAUAAUUAUAAUAAUUGAAAUAAUUAAUAAGUUAAAUAAUGUGAAUAAGAUAAUUUUAAUAGACAACCUCCAAUACUGUAUGCUUCAACUGUGAUCUGUACUCUUACUAGAAGGAUUACUCAGCUACUGUCUGUGGUCAAAUAAUCUAAGUUUCUAACAUGAUUGCCUCUUUUUGGUUGAUGGUAACGUUGUUCAACAAAGUAAUUUCAAAUGGAGCUCAUGGAGAAGAUGACUCUGGUCCAAGAUUUCGUUCUGAACCACCCUUCAGAAUAGAAUUUUCGAACAGUAGUGGCGCAGAGCUUAGGUGUACUGCAGAUGGAAUACCUGCCCCAAGAAUUAGUUGGCAAACCAGAGAGGGUACGACUGCCAGAGAUAUACCAGGCAUUCGUUAUACAAGAAAUGAUGGAACCCUUGUCUUUCCGCCUUUCUCCAGAGAAGACUAUAGACAAGAUGUGCAUGAUACUCUUUACCAGUGUUUGGCGGAAAAUAGCGUUGGAGCUAUAAUAAGCAGAGAAACGCACGUCAGAGGAGUUGUUCAUCAAAAGUUCAUACCUCAAGUUUAUGACGAUUAUGCAAUCCGAGGUAACACAGCUGUGUUGAGGUGUCUUUUGCCGUCAUUCGUCAGAGAAUAUGUGACACUUGAUUCUUGGCUACGAGACGAUGAUACAGUAUUGAAGAGUACUGAUAUAGAAGAUGACAAAUAUACAGUGUUGUCAUCAGGAGAACUCGUUUUACACAAAGUGGACGAUUCUGACGGCAAAAGUACUUUCAAGUGCAGGGCUAGACAUCGGUUAACGGGAGAACUGGUACUUAGUCCAACAUCAGGGAAAGUAAUAGUGACAGAGCCGCAUUCACCAAUGGGUCCAAGAAUAACUUUCAGCCAGUCGCAAGUGAGGGCCGAAGAAGGAAGUUAUGUGCGAAUCCCUUGUGUAUCCACUGCACAACCAGCUCCAGAUUAUAGGUGGAUGAAAGAAACACCCAAUGGCUUAUAUCCAGUUAUUGAAGAUUUGCGGAUAAAAAUCACGUCUGGAACUCUACAUAUUAAAAACGUAAUGAUAUCAGAUGGAGGAAAAUACCAGUGUAUUAUCACGAAUGGUAUUGGAGACAAACGCACGGACACUGUUCUUGUAGUUACAGCUCCAUUACGAGUGGCUAUUAUUCCUGAGCUCCAAACUCUAAAUAUUGGGGAAACCGCCGUACUAAACUGUUCUGUGAGCGGCCAUCCUAUUCAUACGAUCACUUGGCGGAAAGACCAAAGACACCUGGUGGCGAAUGCCCGAGUUCAGUUACUUUCAAGAGAUGUGCUUCAUAUAACGUCGGUAAGAAGAGAAGAUAAGGGAAUGUAUCAGUGUUUCGCUUACAAUGAUAUGGAUGGUGCACAAGCUACUGCGCAGAUAAAGAUUGGAGAUGUUCCUCCAUAUUUGCUGUCCGCCUUUCCAGAUACAACUGUCCAUUCUGGAGAAUUCGUUAGCCUCAAGUGCGUUUCUGCAGGGAAUUUUGUUCCACGUGUCGUAUGGACAUUGUACGAUCAAACUGUGAGCUCCACCCAAAAUCCUAGGAUACGAACUGGAGAUUUCAUAUCACCUCAAGGACACGUGACGAGCUACUUGAACAUAACAGACGCUCGUGUUGAAGAUAGCGGGGUAUAUCGGUGCGACAUUAGCAACGACGUAGGAGCUGUUUGGCACGCUGCAAGACUUAAUGUGUAUGGACCACCGUUCGUCAGGCCUUUUUCUAAUGUUUCAGCUAUAUCAGGCCAUGACCUUACCCUCAAUUGUCCAGUGGGAGGCUACCCAAUCAAAAGUAUUUUGUGGCAGAAAGGAGGAAUCAUUCUUCCGCUCGAUCACAGACAUAAACUUAAUUCUGCAGGUAGCUUAACUAUUCAUGAUGUGCAGAAAGCAGCAGAUGAAGGAAAGUACACAUGCGUAGUUAGAAGUCCUGAUGGUCUAACAGCAUCAGGAUCAACUUAUGUAUCCAUUGUGGUUGCUCCAGUAAUAGACGCUCUGUAUUUUCCUGAUACUGUAACUGCCAAUGAAGGUGAAAGGGCAAAGAUUAUAUGCAGUGUAACAACCGGUGAUCCUCCUAUCAGAUUUAAGUGGCUGAAGAACGGCUUUCCUUUUGUGGCUUCUGGAAAAGUAUCCGUACAAUUACUGGAAGAUUCUUCUGUGAUACUGUUUCGCAAAAUCAAGGCUAGCGAUAGAGGGCAAUACACUUGCAUAGCAACCAAUAGUGCAACAUCCACGAAUAUGACUUCUCAACUUGUAGUAAAUGUUCCUCCUGCGUGGCUGGCUGAACCUGUGAACACUUCGGCUAUACUGGGGAGCAGUGCGUGGAUGAAUUGCUCUGCUGAAGGAUUCCCUACACCCAGUGUUAUCUGGAGGAAAGCCAGAGAGUCUUCACCUGGAGAUUUUGGAUACGUAACAUCUAGUCCUAGAAUACGGCAGUACAAUAAUGGGUCUUUAGUGAUAUGGGAUGUCGAAACAUCGGAUCGCGGAUUCUACCUGUGUCAAGCAAAUAACGGUAUAGGAGCAUCUCUUAGCAAAAUAAUUUAUCUAAAUGUUCAAGUUCCACCUAAAUUUGAAGAAACAUAUCAAAGCAGAGCCAUUAAAGAAGGUGACAACACUAGUCUUAAGUGUACAGCUCAGGGAAAUACUCCCAUUGUGAUAACCUGGCACAGGAAUAAAACGCCUUUGCCUGUGACUGUUAAAUCUCGGUACUCUUUUCGAGAAAUUACGGACGACAAUCGAGUUACUUCCGAACUUGUUAUCGUUUCUGCGACGAGGGAAGAAAGUGGCAUGUACGCAUGCUCAGCAGUUAACGAAUUCGGAUACGAUGAAGCCACAUUUCAGCUGGUUGUCCAGGGUGUGCCAGAUCCUCCAACAAACUUAUCGGUGACAAACAUAACCAGCAGGACUUUGACCAUUCGAUGGGAUGUACCUUUCAAUGGAAAUAGCCACAUCACCGGAAGCAGCGUGCAGUACAAAAUGGCAGACG